UACUCGCCUAUCUGUAUAGAAGGAAAACGGGAGAGGGUUUCGGUGGAGACUGCAAGUAACGGGGUGGCUUAUUCUUGAAAUUCUCGCUGUUUUUCCACCUCCUGGCUCCGGCGACAGCUCGAACGCUCUGAUGGAGGGGGAAAGAUCCGGCGGGGUGGCGGGCGGAACGAAUCAAAGCCCUGCAGGAAGCGGAUCGGGGCGCAAUCCGAACGGCCCGAAGGCUGUGCUCGGUCCCGCUCCCACCGCAGCAGCAGUCGGGGCGAUGUCUGGAUACUCCCUGCCGCGGGAUCCACAGGACGGGGAAGCGGGCCUCUCGCUGCCCGGGAUCUUACACUUUAUCCAGUAUGAAUGGAGUCGCUUCCAGGCCGAGAAAUAUCGCUGGGAAGCAGAACGAGACGAGCUGAGGGCUCAGGUGGCAUUUCUGCAGGGCGAGAGGAAAGGUCAGGAAAACAUGAAGCAGGAUCUGGUUCGACGAAUCAAGAUGCUGGAAUACGCACUAAAACAGGAGAGGACCAAACAUCAGAAGCUUAAAAGCAGCACUGACCAGAGUCCUGGAGAGAAGAAACCAGAGACAGAGGCUGAACCAAUACCCAAUGGGCCUGCAGAUUCAGACUCUGAGCCAACCAAUCAGAUGCCUUGGAAAGAAGGACGUCAAUUAUUGCGCAAGUACCUGGAAGAGGUGGGUUACUCUGACACCAUCCUGGACAUGCGCUCCAAACGUGUUCGUUCCCUGCUGGGUCGCAACAGCCCAGAGGCUAAUGGACCUCCUCCCAUUGAACCGCCUGCAGAACCAGAACCACCCCACAGUGGAGGAGAAUCACUACUAAUACGCCAGAUAGAAGAACAGAUCAAACGGCGUGCUGGGAACGAGAGUUCUAAAGAACGGAUGGGCAGCUCUGUGCUAGAUCAAAUUCCCUUCCUCCGUGGCUGUGAGGAAGAUGAUGAGGAUGACAGUGAUGAAGAGGAAGAUUUCCAGGGUAUGACUACAGACUGCAUCGAUGGACAUCGCAAAAACAAGAAAUCCAGGGGCAAGAUGGGUGGAGAGCCAAUGACCACAGAUCUUGACCACGAGGAUGACGACGAUGAAGACGACUCGGAGGACGCUCUGGGCGAGUUUGAUUUCUUGGGCUCGGGAGAGGAGGGAGAAGGGGCGGGAGAGGCCCGUAUCUCUGGAGACGGACGGGAAUUGGGUUCAGAGAACCGUCGGAACAAGUUGCAGGGCAUAAUGUCAGAUUUCCCCCCCAAACCCACUCCACCGCCUUCUAUACCGGGCCAGGCACGCUCCAGUGAGGGGGGCGCUCUAGGCUUCUCGUCUGAUGUCUUCAUACUAGAUGCAGUCGGAGGAGGGGAUAUGAACCUUGGAGAGCUGGCUGACCUUACCGUUGCCAAUGACAAUGACCUCACCAUUGACUUGCAGGAAAGUCGAGAGGAGUUCAAGAAGACGUGGAACCCUCGCUUCACACUGCGAAGCCACUUUGACGCCAUCAGAGCGUUGACCUUUCACCCCAAUCAGGCCGUGCUGCUGACCGCCUCUGAGGACGGGACGCUCAAGCUGUGGAACCUUAACAAGGCCAUGCACUCCAAAAAAAAUGCAGCGCUGGACGUUGAACCCAUUUAUACAUUCAGAGCUCACAGUGGUGCUGUUCUGUCUCUGGCCAUGGGGAUGGAUGGGGAGUCGUGCUUUAGCGGUGGUCUGGACGGAACUGUGCGCGGCUGGAAAAUUCCAGAUCUUAACGUGGAUCCCUAUGACAAUUAUGAUCCAGGUGUAGAGAGCAGUGCGCUGUCCGGUCAUGAGGAUGCAGUGUGGGGUUUGGCUUACUCCUCCAGCCUGAAGCGGUUGGCCUCGUGCUCAGCUGACGGCACUGUGCGGAUCUGGGACCCUCACAGUUCCUCACCAUGUGUGUCUGUCUUCAACAAGGAGAAAGAACAUGGCACUCCCACCUCAGUUGCCUUUGUAAACACUGACCCGUCUCAGGUCGUGGUGUCUUUUGAUGGGGGUGAGACUCUGCUUUAUGACCUCAACACAGAGCAAAGCAUCAUAGUCCUGGAGACCCAGGCUAAGGAUGGCAGUGAACUGAUUAACCGUGUGGUCAGCCAUCCGUUACAAUCGAUUUCCAUAACAGCCCACGAGAAUCGCACCAUCCGCUUCCUGGAUAACAAAACAGGGAAAGUGAUUCAUUCUAUGGUAGCCCACCUGGAUGCUGUAACCUGUCUCACCACAGACCCUAAAGGCACUUACCUCAUCUCUGGCAGUCACGACUGCUCGGUGCGCUUGUGGAUGCUGGACAAUCACACGUGUGUGCAGGAGAUCACGGCGCACAGGAAGAAACAUGAUGAGGCCAUCCAUGACGUGGCCUUCCACCCCUCACAGCCCUUCAUCGCCAGUGCUGGGGCUGACGCACUUGCCAAGAUCUUCGUGUGAUUUCCUCACCGGGGAGCCACCCUCACUACUGGGCCAAAAGAGGGAAACACCGAAUAUCCAACAAUGCACACACACACACACACACACACACACACACACACACACACACACACACACACACACACACACACACACACACACAAACUCUGAAA